CAAAAUGUUUCUAGAAAAGAAAAUAGACCGAGGAGUCAUAGUGGAACUGUUUCUCCCAUUCCUCCGCUAAAUUCGCAAUAUAAUAUAACUCCGUCUACGAAUUCUGCACAACGAACUGGUUCAGUCCCGACCUCUAUGUCUUUUGGAAGUUCCAUACUUGACGCACCACCAUUGCCUUUUAUCGCGCCACCUACACCAUUACCGAUGACACAAAAUCCGGAGUUAGUAAAAUUGCAAUCAGACGUUUAUGAUAAGGUUAAACAGAGCUGUCUAGAAGAUUUCCAAAGGUCUUCACCAGAAAUUCACAAGAUAAUGGCUAUCGGUGAAAAACUUAACCAAAGUCAAGAAAACGUUGAGCAAGAACGCAAAGGUUUGCUUGAUUUGGAAAGUAAAAUUAACGAAAAGACAGAUUAUGUAAAGUCGAAGAUUACAGAGAUAGAUAAAUUAAUCGAACAAGCAAAGAACAUGCCCGAGGUCUCAGUUGAUGAUGUUUUAUGCGGAACGACCAUAGUUUAUAAUCAAUUAUUUGAAUUGGUGGCUGAAGAUAAUGCAAUAGAAGACGCAAUCUAUUACUUGGGAAGAGCAUUAAGCACAGAAAGGAUAGAUUUGAACACGUAUUUGAAGAAUGUCCGCACACUUGCACGAGAACAGUUUAUAUGCAGGGCACUCAUUCUAAAAAUUCGAAGGCAAACAGGAUUAGAUAGACAAAAAAUCCCAUAA